AGGGAUAAUAUGACAGCAGUCCCUUCACAACCGUUUCAGCUGCCUGCAAAGAGCGACGUUUAUAAUUUUGCUAGCUACGCUUUUUUUCUAUCGUUGAAAAAAUUAAAAUAAUUAUAGCAACAAUAACCAUUUGCUAAGAACUAAUGGUUGAUCAUGUAGCUUAGCUUAAUUAGUUUUAAUUCAACUUGAGCUUUUUUUUUUUGACACAAAGUCUGGCACUUUGUUUAUUAAUUUUUUCCCCUCACUUUUAAAAUCAACUAGCAGCUCAUUUUUUGUUUAUUUUCCACUAAAACGUCAAGUAAAGUAUUUUUUCAAGAGCGCAGAGGCGGAAUUUUUUUUUUUGCAAUUUUAAACAAAUUAAAUGCAUUUAAUGUAAUCUUAGCUUAAGCUGCUUUCACGGCUUGUUUUUGUUUUUGACAGUUGAUUAAGAAGAAGGAAAAAAACAAACAAACAGUUGUUUAUCUUUUUUUGUUAAAAAAUAUAUAUAUAUAUAUUGUUUUUCACUCGCACUUUAUCAUUUGCACCAAUAAUUUUUUCGUGCUUCAUUUUUUUGGCAGCUUGUUUUUGCUCUUUGAGUUUUUAUUUAUUUAUUUUUUUGUUUUUUUCACUUUGUGUCUUAAAAAAAAAAAAAUACAGCCCUAAAAUUAGCUACACAACACGAUUAGCCAGAGCUAGCUCGCUUUGACACGUCAUUUGGGAACACUAUAUUUAUUACAAAAAAAAAAAAACACAACAACGACAUUAUUUAAAACACAUUUGCCUCAAAACAUUUUCCCCAUGCUGUCACUGAGCUAGCUUUUAUUUUUGUUUUUGUCACCUCUUUUAACCGACACGGACGCGCGCGACAACAACAACGACAACAACAUUUCUCCCUCUGAUUGUUUUUAUUUUUGUAAAAAAUUUUUAUAACAUUACUAACAUAACAUCGGUGUUAUUGUUGAACAUGGCCGCCAUCGGGUCGGUGCAGAUGUUGAUCGAAGCUGCAGAGUAUCUUGAUCGGAGAGAAAGAGAAGCAGAACACGGGUACGCCUCAAUGUUACCGUUCACCAGCCACAAAGACCGGGACGGCUCCAAGCGGAAAAAUAAAAGCAAGAAAAAUUGCAGCAGCAGGUCUACGCAUAACGAGAUGGAGAAGAACAGGCGGGCGCAUUUACGGCUAUGUUUGGAACGCUUGAAGUCCCUCGUGCCUCUGGGACCAGACUCCAACCGGCACACCACACUCAGCCUACUAAUGAAGGCCAAGGAUCACAUCAAGAGGUUGGAGGAGAGCGAGAGGAAGGCACAGCACGCAAUAGAUCAGCUGCAGCGGGAGCGGAGGCACCUGCACAGGCGGCUGGAGCAGCUGGGAGUGGAGCGCACGCGCAUGGACAGCACGGGGUCCACCUUCUCUUCAGACAAAUCCGACUCUGACCAAGAAGAGUUGGACGUGGACGUGGACGUGGAGGGUACGGACUACCUGAUGGGCGAUCUGGAGUGGAGCACCAGCAGCGUGAGCGACUCGGACGAGCGAGGCAGCCUGAGGAGCAGCUGCAGCGACGAGGGCUACUCCAGCCACGUCAGCCUGCGCCGCCUCGCCAACACUCAGGAGAAAACUCUAAGUCUAUAAGAGCACACCCACUCCCACCCGACCUCCGUCUCCACCACCUCCACUACUCACUCGCUCGCUCACUCACUCGCUCUAUCGAUGGAUCUCCAGCGCCGGAGCGCGACGACGCGAACUGCACGAUCCGACGUACGAAACGUCGCGGAACGAGAGCGCUCGCGUGUUCUCUCGCUCCGUGACGCCUCGUACGUACGAUCCAGACCAAAAGACGAAGAACGAACGCCGAGAACGAGGAAAACGACGCAGCCCUCACAUACCCGCGCCUUCACCGUCCAAUCAGCCGCAGUGGACGUGAGGUCUCGUCUCGUCGUCCGAUCAGAUCCUCCCUACCUCGCUUCCGUCCUCUCCUCCUCGUCUCGUCCUCCGACGAAAAGCACGCCGUUCUUAUCUUGUCGUACCAGAGAACGUUUCUCAUUACCACACCCACUGCCUACGCCGACCCUCCUCCGCCUUCCAUCAGUUCACCAAUCAGAUCAGGACGUUCCAGAAACAGGGCUAGGUCACCUGACCUAUCACAGCAUGGAAUUUUGCACUUAUAAGCAGCCUCUCGGUGUGAGCCGGCCCCCUUUGCCGCAGAUCCAUGAGCGACGUAUGAUUUUGUUUUGUCUUGUACACCCCCAACCCCCCCUGAGAUCAGCGCCAGAAGGUCGGCUUUUACCAAAGAUCACACAGCAGGAAUGUUUAUUUUUUAUUUUUAAUUUUUUUAUUAUUAUUUUUUUUCCACCCCCCGUAUUUUUUAUUUUUUUUUUUUCAGGUCACAAAAAAUUUACAGCAGCAACAACAUUAAGGAAGGUGUACCAUGUCAUCGUCGUCAUCGUGAUCGACUUCUCGCCCCUCCGCUCUCCAGAGGGAUCGCAGCUACUCUAGUUCCAGUAUCCAGGUGUAGUCUUUAAGCUAGUCUUAAAUCCUGCACUGUUCCGGCGUCCAACCCCCUCUACAACCACCGACCAUCACCACCAACCGCAUCCGAGCUGUGGGACGGUUACCUAGCAACGGCGUGACACUAUCGCUCGACUGCUGCUGCUGGAGGAGUACAGCGAGACUUUUUUGUUUUCUCUCUCAACCAACCAAACCUGGCUAAUAUCCGAUCUGGGAUCUCCGCGCUCACUCGUCCGGUCGAGGAGCUCGGGAUCGGGGCGGACGCGGUCGGGUAUUAAGAUCCGAAUGUAAGUAGCGUCGAGCAAAGACUUCGCGAGGAGACGACGUCGGGAUGUUUCGGUCCGCUGCUGCUGAUGACGUGGAACCUUGAUAUUUCUUUUAUUUCUCUCUUUUUUUUUUUUUUUUUUUUUCUUUUUUUUUUUUUUUUAAUACACGAAAACUGUAAACUGUCGACGUGAGGAACGUAUCGCAUCGCAGCAUGAGAUUGUCGCGGGACUGACAGUUGAAUUCGGGUCGUUCCAUCUCUUCCUCUCUGGGCUAAGGACAGUGGUGCGGAUGUGUUUUGUGGGAUUGUUGUUUGUUUUUGUUUUUUUUUAUUUGUGCAUGUGUUUUGUUCCAGCCCCGCCCCCCGCCCAAAAAAAAAAAAAGAGUAAAUAAGGAAGUAAGCACAUUCCACUACCAAACAGGAAGUCAGGCAGCAUUAUAAUCAUAAUAAUAAUAAUAAUAAUAAUAAUAAUAAAGUGCUUGGAAUUAUGGGAAGGCGACAAAAAAAGAGCUUUGGUUUUAACAGGGUGCACGAGUGUGUGCGCGCGCGCUCUCUCUCGUGCGAGUGUGACCGUGAUCGCACACCCGCCCGCCCGCCGUCCUUCUCCGCCGAGACUCCGGAACUGUUUAUCUUUUCAACGCCGUGUUGUUUUAUGUAUAUAGUUUACAGAAAUAUAUCGAUCUAUACAUCUACACAUCACAAAGUAUUUAUUUAAUCCAAAUAUAUGUCACAGAUGAAAUGUAUAAGUUUAUAAAACAAACAAACAAACAAAAAAAAGAGAGAAGAGUCUAUUUAAAGUCGUAGUUUCCUUAGCGGUUUCAGUUAUCCCAGAGGGUUUUAUUUUUAUUAUUAUUAUUAUUAUUUUUUUUUAAUCUAAACGUGUCGUUUUAUUUGCACAGAUUAUCUCCAGCGUACGUAUACGGACAUUUAGAGCUCUGUUGUAUUUAGGAUAUAUCUGUGUACAUCCUGAUCUGACCUUGUGCUGUUCGACGUGUUCAAUUCUUUCAUUUCGUUUUGCUUUUAUGAAAAAUUUAUCUUUGAAAUAUAUUAAAAAAAAAAUUAUAUAUAUAUAUAGAGAGAGAGAAAUGUGUGUAAAAUUGUAAUAAAAUGGAAGAAACGUGAGUAAAGGGAAAGUGUAGAAGUCGUAGUGAUGGUAGUCAGGGAAAAAGCACGUCGCGUGACACGGAAACGAAUCGCACGUACGUGACGAGCGUGAAGCUCGGCCGUCGUCCGAAUGUAGAUGUAGAUUUUAUUUAUUUUUUAUUAGCGCAGCUGAAAGACGAGACACAAACCACGGAAAACCUUAGCUGCCUGAAGGAAACGCACCAAAUGAAAUUUUUUGACAGAUAAAACAAACAAACUUUUACCAAAAAAAAAAAAAAAAAAAAUGUAUGUAGGAUGGUUUAAUAUGUGGAAUUUUUUGUAAUCACUUUGAAAAUCAGCCCCCCCCCCCUCCCCCCACCCCGAAAAAUAAAUAAAUAAGUAAAUAAGCGCGGCGCGAUUGCGACGUAGCGCCGGUACGAGGCGUGACGGUCAGACUGGGAAGGGGUUUGUGUUCUUGCUCACGUGUGUGUUUGCGUGUGGGGGGGUCACUGUCUACAGACGGAGAGAAAGGGUUUCGGGACGAGGGUCCCGUUGUGGUUCCUGCGGUGUCGGGUUCUUCGAAGCUGUUUAUACAGAUAUGCUUUUGUCUUGUUUUUGUUAGUUUAUGAGUAAAGUCCAUUUCCUUCACAACGUGUCUAAGAACUGGUGUAAUAAUAGUGGUUCCACACACACACACACACACACACACACACACACACACACACACACACACACACUUAAAUCCACCCUGCCUUUUGAUGACUCCUUUGUCCUUUUGUUGUACUUUAUUCGUGAAGAUUCGUGUGAGCGUUUCGUCUCUCUGCCCUCCUUCAACACCAGCGCAGAGAGGAAAUAUAUAUAUAUAUAUAUAUAUAUCACUCUGGAACAUUCUGUGAAAGACUUUAUAUAAAAAUAAAUAAAUAUAAAAAAGGGCGCGUUUGAGUAACGCAGGUUUUUACACCCAUCUGUGCAGAUUCGCGAAUCAUAAUCAUUAGCUGAAAUGCACAGCAUUUGCACAAACGCCCUGCGCGGCUCGAGCGCGUCCCGGGUGCUGACACACACUCGUGGUUUUGCUCGAGAACAAACCCCGCCCUCCAUCCUCUUUUUUUUUUUUUCCCUUUCUUCUUUUAUCUCCCCCGUCCAGUUUGAAAUCCUGUGCCACCUUCAACCCUGCAGCUAUCGUCCAGGAGUCGUGAUGGAUGUUUGCACUCCUUUUCGAUGUGUACACGUACGGGGUGUCGUGAACUCUUUAAUACCAAAAUGGCUGAAGCCUUAACGACGUACGGACAUUUCGGAAAAAGAAAAAAAAAAAAAAAAAACGAUGUAUGUACGAUCUGGUUUUUUUUUUGUGUGUGUGUGUGUGUGUGUGUGUUUCUUUUUUGGAAAGCAAACCCAUCGCAAAGUCCAUUCCCACUGAUCGUGACUGUGUCCUCAGGUGUGUUCUUCUACUAACCAGACACACACUUUAAAAAUGAAUCAAUAAAAAAGCUACUGCCUCUAGGACAGCUACAUGUCUGUUUUUGUUCGAUUUUUGCGUUCAAUCGAAUGUCAAAACGGGACGUUUUUAUGCCGUUCCUUUGUUUGAAACGACAACAAAAUAGAAAACGCGGGCUGUUUGGAUGUUGCCUACUCACCUGUGGUCAAAAAACGAAUGGAGAAUCAAAACAUCAGCAACGAUAUGUACAUGUAUUGAGUUUGUUACUCUUUGCUAGUAACAUCUGAAAUAAAAAAUUCAACAAAACA